AUGUGUUAUAUUCAUGCAAAGAAAGCGAUUAAGUUGUGUUUUGGUAACAAUGUAACUACAUAUUCAAAAGGAGAAGAGAAAGGAGAAAUCCUAGGUAUGAUCUAUCGCAAUAAGACAACUGAGGUCAUACCACAACGCGAGCUACCAGAAGAUGUGAUAAUUGAAAUCCUAUCAAGACUACUAGUCAAGUCAUUGAUGCGAUUUAGGUGCGUGUGCAAACGUUGGUAUAAACUCUCUCUUUCGUCUGCUUUCAUUAAUAUUCACCUCAACAACAACAUGGACAAGAAAAAAAGCUCUAUCUUUUGUUCCAUAAAUAGUGAUUUAACCACUAAGCAUUACAAAAACUUCCUUAUACGCGUUAAUGGAGCAAUCACUAGUCUACGUGUGCCACAUAUCAAUUGGGGAUCAUAUAUUGUGGGUUCUUCUAAUGGCUUAGUUUGCAUUUCGAGUUAUCAAGAGAAAUAUACAUUAUGGAACCCAGCAACUAAACAGUUUGAGUGUCUCCCAGAGUUGGUAUAUGAAAAGAAACAUGCAUUAUGGAACUCGAAUAUUCUAUUAUCCAUGUCGGGAUUUGUUUUUGAUGGAAAAACUAAAGAUUACAAGAUAGUAAAAAUCAUAGUAAGGCGUGAUAAAAACAGAGAUACUGCUCAAAUUAACGUAUUUACAUUGAGUAGUAAUUCUUGGAGAACAAUCGAACUAAAUCUUCAAUUUCAAAAUCAAAUACUUUACUCUAAAUCAAUUAUUGUCAAUGAAUGCAUUUAUUGGACAGAAGUACUUCUUGAGGAGGAAACAAAUCGAUCGCACUUAUGUUGGUUUGAUAUGGUUGACGAAGAGUUCAAAGAAAUUCAAGCACCAUAUGAUAUCUGUGAAUUCACAAGCACUCUUGAUAUAUAUAGAGGCUCGCUUGCGAUGUUUGCUUUUAAGUACCCUUAUGAUAAGUUCGACAUGUGGGUGAUGAAUAAACAUGGUGAUGGUACAAAUUACUCUUGGAGAAAGCAAUUAUCUAUUGGCCCUAUAGCGAUGAUUGCAGUAGAGCCAAUUGGGCUUUGGAAAGAGGAUGAGGAUGAAUUAGUUGUCUUUAAUACUACAAGAUAUAAACCUAAAAACCUAUUCACAUUUCAUCCAAUUACUCGAGAAAUUAAGAAAUUUUGGGGUGAUUAUCCUCUAAAUCAGAUAUUCCCUUAUUGUGACAGUCUUGUUCAGAUUCCUAAGUUAAAUUAA